AUGAUGGCCCUCGCCCUCCGCGCGACGGCCCGGGGCCGGCCACUGCCCCCGGCCCUCGCCCUCCGCGCGACCGCCCGGGGCCGGCCACUGCCCCCACACAUUAUUUUCCCCACCCGGCCACCCCCCGGCCGCUAUCCACCCCCCUUCACACAGUUUUUAUAUAUGUGUGGCCAUGGCAAUAUAAUGGUGGUCCACGGCUUUGAACCGGUAACCUCGUGCACAAUACAGUCCAGGUUUGGGAACUGGUCCAUUGAAGUGGGGGGCACGGCUCAGACUUGGACUAGAGGCUCCAGCAUCGCACUACAAGCCCGAGUGGACAGGAAGGAGAAGGUGUGGCUCAACGGCACGAUUAUUGGAAGAUGUCUUCAGACCACAGCGGGUUUUAUGAAUGGUGUAGGCCGACCUGAGGACAUCCGUGUGAGUGUGUGCGUGGGGAGAGAGCACAGUGUCUCUGUGCUCGUGGAGCAGAGCGACCGCAGCAAUGCAGCACCACCAUUGGUCAGUGUCUCUGUGGAACCAGCCAAUCAGAGGCUGGCCCUCAAAGCACAUGGCUGUGUGGAGAGCUUCAUUUCAUUGGAGGCACAGGUUGAGUACUGGAGCUCUCAGAUGAAAGCCAAGCUGCGGGAGAAGGUCAAAGCACUGCAGUAUCUUCUGAAUGAGUUCAGACGACAGUCUCAGGAGAGUGCCUUUGCUCAGCACUACAGCACAGUGUGUUUGAGUGCGUUGGGCAGACUGGAGGCGCUGCUGUCUUCAGUGGCAUUUGUGGGGUGGCACAGAAGCACAUCUCGCCGUUUCCUCACUGAAAACGUCCCACAGUUUGUGAGUCUGCUGCAGCACGCCUCUCUGCUCGGACAGCACGAGCUACGCAGACCCCUUGCUACCCUGGCAGCCGUGUAUCAGGAUGUGAGGGGCCAGCGGCUGGAGGCUCAGUGGGGGGAGGCGGUGUCCAUGUGGACAGAGAGUGUGGGGGAGAUGGUCACGGUACACAACCAUCAGUUCCUGUCUCUGCUCCAGCUCUGUGGCACUGCAGUCAGGAUCACUGGAGAUGUGGUGGGUCAGCAGUCAUACCAGUGGCUGGAGAGCAGACUGGCCCUGGCUCUCUCUGGAGUCCGAAAGCGACUCUCCUCUGUGUACAGAUUCAGCCCCAGGGAGUGCUCUGUGUCCAUCUCUGUGCCCCUGCCUCGGCUGCACUGGCCCGGGACAGACAAGUCAGAUCUGGUGCAGGGCGUCCUGGAGGAGUGGCUCUUUAGACCACUGCAGUCUCUGGCCUCCAUCAGACCUGCUGCUGAGUUCUAUCGCCUCAAAAGGAGAACCAUGGACAGCCCCUUCACAUACCAGGCCCUGCUGGUGUCUGACCUCUUUGUGGUCACAUAUGAUGGUCAUAUACUGGAGCUACCGCAUUCUUGUCCUCUGCUCCUCGCCCAUAGCCUCACUGCUCAUCCCUCCUUCUCUCUCAUGUUAAACCCAGACUCAAGCUCCUUUGUCCUCAUUAAAAUGAACAACCACAGCAUCUCUAUUCAACAGAAUGGACAGGUGAGGGUCGACUGCCACAGUCUCGUCUCAAACACAUUCCUCUUUGAUGGUGUAUCUGUCGAAAGAACAGCUAAGGUUGUGGAGGUGACCAAUCAGAAUGGAGUAUCAGUGUCAUGUGACCUGUGGACUGAGCUGUGUAGUUUGACUCUGGAUGGAUGGCUGCAUGGCACAAGCGCUGGUCUCAUGGGAACCAAUGACAAUGAAGCAGGAAAUGAUUUGAUCCUCCCCAACGGAUCAUACGCUGCAAACCACAGGUCCCUUAUAUACAGCUGGAAGAUGUCUCCAGAGUGCAGUGAGGCUCCAGUGCUUAAGGGGCAGUCUGUGAGCACUGUCAUAGCUCCACUGAGCUGUGAGCAUCUGUUCUCCUCUUUGGACUCUCCGCUCAGCGUCUGUUUCAGGGUGGUGGAUCCCAGUGCGUUCCUGUCCGUGUGCAGGAGCAGUCCUCGCAGAGCAGCUGCGUGUCACCUGGCCUCUGCUUUCUCUCAUGUUUGUAACCAGAACUAUGUCCCUCUAGAAACACCUGUCCAAUGCAGACUCCAGCUGAGACGUGGACAUACACACUCCUCCUAAUGCAGC